GUGUUCUCUCUCUCUCUCGCUCUCUUUCUCUCUGCUUCUCAAGACCUAAAGCUUUGAAACAAUGACUUUCAAGCGCAGGAACGGCGGACGUAACAAGCACGGUCGUGGACACGUUAAGUUCAUCCGCUGCUCCAACUGCGGCAAGUGCUGCCCCAAGGACAAGGCGAUUAAGAGAUUUCUUGUGAGGAAUAUUGUUGAGCAGGCUGCUGUGAGGGAUGUCCAAGAAGCCUGUGUCUAUGAUCAAUACACUCUCCCAAAGCUUUAUGCCAAGAUGCAAUACUGUGUUUCCUGUGCUAUUCACUCACAUGUUGUGAGAGUUCGAUCUCGUACUGACAGAAGGAAUCGGCAACCACCACAGCGCUUCCUCAGACGCAGGGAUGAUCAGCCAAAGCCAGGUCAGCCAGGUCAGCCAGGCCAAGCACCUCGUCCUGUUGGAGCUGGAAAUCCUGCUCGUGUGUAAGGAAAUCUUUUUAUGGCUUUUAUAAGCAAUUCGUAGGAAUUUUGUUAUAGUCACUCUAUUAUAGUUGGGUUUUGUCUCCUGUGGAUGAAAGUGAAUUUUAGAAUCAAAUGGAAACUUACCCGACAAAUCUGCAACUUAGAAGGAGCUACAAACCACGUUUAUUGAGUUAAUUUAAUUGUUUUUCUUUUCAGUUUAUUGUUUA